AUGACUUUAACUCAGAGUCUACGGCUGUUACGGCCAGUAAUACGAGCCCCGCGGGUCGUGGGACCUUUUCAGUCCUUCCAUUCCGGACGGCCAAGUGGCGCGAACAAUGGGGCGGGUAGGAAGACACAGGACAGCGUAGGAUCGGGGGAGCAGCAGAUUAGUACACAGAAUGAGGGUCCUAGGACAUCGGAAUUCAAAAAGAUGCGCAGUAAGGCUUUGGAGGAGGUCGCCGCGACGGGUCUGUACAAGGAAACACACCCCCGGUUGGUCCAUCGCAGCAAGCGCAUGUCUGUGCCUACGUUUAAGAGAAAAUGGAUUCAGGAAAAGCUGGAAGAGCCGAGUAAUGAGGUCGUCACCCUGUAUGGCCGCGUCCAAUCUGUCCGCGCCCACGGCAACAAGCUCGUCUUCGUCACCAUUGUCAAUGAAUUCGAAAAGAUCCAGGGCAUGAUAAACUUCCGCAACCUGAGCUCUCCCGAUGUGACCAUAGACAGGUUUAAGCUCUUUGCUCGCCUAAUUGAGAAGGGCGACCACAUCUCCAUUACCGGCAAGCCCACGCGCACAUCCACAGGCGAACUUACCCUUAAUGCCAUCCUCCUUCCCGAGCUCCUCUCCCCCGCCAUGGAGCAGAUCCCGCAGACCCUCACCGACCCGGAGACACGCGCUCAGAAACGCCAUGUCGACAUGAUAGUCAACCCGGAAGUCGCUGACGUCCUCCGUCUGCGCUCGUACAUCACCAAGUACAUGCGCGACUACUUCCACGACCGCAGCUUCCUCGAAUUUCAGACGCCCAUCCUCGCUGAGAACGCCGGCGGCGCCGUCGCGCGGUCGUUCACAACCACCGCCACUGAAUUCCCUUCGAAAGAGCUGUCGCUGCGCAUCGCCCCCGAGCUCUGGCUGAAGCGCCUUGUCGUCGGCGGCGUGCACAACGUCUUCGAAAUCGGGCCGGCUUUCCGCAACGAAGGCAUUGACGGCACGCACAACCCCGAGUUCACCAUGUGCGAGUUUUACAGCGCGUACACGACGCUGCCGGAACUCAUCGCGCAGACGGAGGAUCUGCUGAGCGGCCUGGCGCACCACUGUCAGGACCUCAUCUCCACGCAGCUCACGUCCCUGCAACCCAUCGACCUGGCCAAUUUCUCUCGCCCGUUCAGACAGCUCGAGUUCGUGCCCGCGCUGGAAGAGGCGCUGGGCAUCCGCCUGCCGAAGCUGACGGGCGAAAACGCCUAUUCCGAACUCCUCGCCGUGCUCAACCUCUGCAAGAUCGAAAUCCCCGGUGGCAUCCCCCGGACGAUGUCCAAGCUGCUCGACCGCCUGGCGGCGGUCUACCUCGAGCCCAAGUCCUUCGAGGGGCCUCUCUUCAUCACGCAUCACCCGGCCUGCAUGAGCCCCUUGGCCAAGAGCUUCCUAUGCCCCAAGACAUUGCAACUGGUGUCUGCCCGCACGGAGUUGUUCGUCAACGGCCGCGAGCUGGCGAACAUGUAUGAGGAGGAGAACGAUCCGGCUGCUCAAGCGCGUAAGCUCGCAGAGCAUAGAGCCUUGGGUACCAGCAAGGAUGUAGCAGAGAUCGCAGAGGACGGGGAGGAGGGUGAGGCCCUAAGGGACGCACCACUUGAUAAGAGCUACAUCAAGGCUCUCGAAGCCGGAUUGCCGCCGACUGGAGGUUGGGGAUGUGGCGUCGAGAGACUGGUGAUGUUGUUCUCUGGCGCGAACAGGAUCAGCGAUUGUUUGAGCUUCGGCACGUUGAAGAACGUUGUGGGGUUGACGUCUGAGGGGCAGAACCAUUCUGAAUCGUCUUAA